CCGUGUCAGCAGAGGCGCCCAGCACUGGAGGCAGCUCCAGGGAUGCCGCCUGACAGCCAGGGCCUCGAGCUCCUAGUUACACAGUAACCUGUUGUCUGGUUGCGGCUCCACCUCUCCCUGCCUCCCAGCCCUCCCCUCCCCAUGCUGUUCCUCCACUACCCAGCCGCCUGUCACCUGCUCUCAGAGACACUGGGGAGACUGAAGUGGAAGACAGGGGCAGAGCGAAUAUAAAAAGGAGCCACCCUGGAAUAUUAGGUGGGUUCCCUCCUCCCUCCCUCUCCGUUAAACUAUUCAGCUAAAAGCCUCUGGGACACUGGGGCUGUAUUCACAUCAGCCAAAGCAAUUUGCUGAGGGAAAAGCACAGGGACGCCUGGUGUACUGAGAAUGGCAGCAGGACUUCCCUAACAGGGCACAGCUAACUGGGAGAGGAAAUAGAGACCAGGAAACCAACAGCAGAGGCUUCUCAGCACUGUUUAAUGUCUUGACAGCAACAUGAGUCGCAAAGGAUCUACCAGCAGCCAGCCUGGCUCUGCAAACAGCAGUCUGGGCAAAGCAAAUGGUGCUUCGAGAAUGAGUGCAAAAGAUUUAUACGAACAAAGGAAGAAAUACUCCAACUCCAAUGUAAUUAUGCAUGAGACAUCGCAGUACCAUGUACAGCACUUAGCCACAUUCAUCAUGGAUAAGAGUGAAGCCAUUGUGACAGUGGACGACGCCAUCAGGAAGCUGAUGCAGCUCAAUUCUAAAGAGAAGAUCUGGGCCCAGGAGAUGCUGCUGCAGGUGAAUGACAAGUCCAUCCGACUGCUAGACUGCGAAUCACAGGAGGAGCUGGAGGACUUUCCACUGAUGACGGUCCAGCUCUGCCAAACUGUGCUGAAUCAGAUGCGCUACACCUCCAUCCUCCUGCUGGUGUGCCAGGACUCGGAGCAGCACAAGCCCGACAUCCACUUCUUCAACUGCGACGAGGUGGAGGCGGAGAUGGUCCACGAAGACAUAGAAAGUGCACUCAACGAUCACAAGCAGGGAAAGAAGAUACGGCCGCAGACGCUCAAAGUAAACCAAGAGAAAAUAAAGCAGCGACAAUCUAUACUCCCACCGCCCCAAGGGCCAGCUCCUAUCCCUAUCCAGCACGAGAUGCGAGGCUCACCACAGGACCACAGGAACCGUGUGGCUCCCACUCCACAGCAUAAUGGACCAGAAUUUGAACAAAGCAGCUCCAGCUCCCAGGAGCAUGAAGAGUCCCGAGCGAUCUUAGCACAGAAGAUCGAAAAAGAAACGCAAAUCCUGAACAGCACCCUGGAUGACAUUGAGGUGUUUGUCGCUCGGCUUCAGAAAGCGGCAGAGGCAUUCAAACAGCUGAACCAACGGAAGAAAGGGAAGAAGAACAAGAAGAAAGCGCCAGCAGAGGGGGUACUGACUCUUAGAGCAAGACCUCCAACGGAGGCAGAGUUCAUCGACUGCUUGCAGAAAACCAAGCUGGCUCUCAACCUCCUGGCCAAACUGAGAAAGCAUAUCCAGAACCCAAGUGCUUCAGAACUAGUGCAUUUCCUGUUUGGGCCACUGGAACUGAUCGUCCAUAGCUGUGGAGGCCCUGAACUCGCAAGGUCUAUCCUCAGCCCGCUUCUCUCUAAAGACACCACAGAUUUCCUGAGAGGACACCUGACACCAAAAGAGAUGACGCUCUGGGAGUCCAUGGGCGAGACGUGGACCAGAUCCAGAGCGGAAUGGCCUAGAGAGGCUGUUGUCCCAACCUACAUCCCAAAGUUCCGCAAUGGAUGGGAGCCACCCCAGGAAAUCUUCCGCGGAGCCCCAUGGGAAAUAGACAUUGGACAUUUACAAGAAGAGCUGUCAUCAGCCAAUGGAUAUCCCUAUCGUAACUCAUCAAUAAAACGUGGCCAGACGCCUGAGCAAACACAAGCAGUGGAUGCCUUUAAACAAGGUGUUACUCAACAUGUAAAUAGGAAUUUCGAGGCACAAGGGAUGGCCCUGCCGAAGAAAUAUGCCAAAAUCCGCUACGAUUUCACUGCUCGAAAUGCCAAUGAACUCUCAGUGCUGAAGGAUGAAAUCCUGGAGGUGUUGGAAGAUAAUAAGCAGUGGUGGAAACUGCUAAACCGGAGCGGGCAGGCUGGUUAUGUCCCCUAUAACAUCCUGGACGUGGUGAAACUGGAAGAUUAUGAACAGCUCUAUAAUCAGAAGUACAAAGGAGACUUGAGUCCGAGAGGAAUUGGCCCUGCCAGCCCUACUCACAGGAUUCCUGGUAGCUAUGCUGGUGAUAAAUGGGGAAGUGAAAUGUUAGCCGGGAACUCUCCUCACAAUGCCAAAGAACAACUUAUCCAUCAUAUGGAUGAGGUGAACGAUGAGCUGCUGAAGAAGAUCACUAAUAUUAAAGUUCAGCCCCCCCAGAGAAACUUUAAGGUGGAGAAGACUCAGCAAGUUGCUGUGCCCCUGAUGUUUGAAUCAAGCGCUGAAGAGGUCAAAGCGUGGCUGGAAGCAAAUUCCUUCAGCAAAGGGACCGUGGAACAUCUUGGCAUACUUACAGGGGCCCAGCUUUUCUCUCUGAAUAAGGAGGAACUGAAGAAAGUGUGUAACGAAGGAGCCAGGGUAUACAGUAAAAUUACAGUGCAAAAAUCUCUCCUGGAGAAAUGUGGAGGGGAUUCAGAGCUUCAAGAAAUUAUGAAACGUCGCCAUGAGAGGAGUGAUUCUGCUCUUUAAAAUUCUAUCUGCUUUUUUCAACUAUUUAUCAUAGUAGUGCAGAAAAAGGGAAUAACAGCACCGAUCCCCGAUCAAAAUGAAAGAGACUACAGAGACCAUCACCUACCAGUGUAACUGCCAUCAAACUGACAAUUCCUGGAACACUGUUGAUAAGGAGGAUACUCAUUCACCAAUAUGCUAUCAUGCUGAGAGAGAAGUUUUAGUAUUGCAUGAAAUAUUAUUUUUAUAUCUAUAUAUUUUAUACAGAAAUUUUAUGUGUAUGCAGUCCAGAGCAUGAGCAGGAUCUGAAUUCAUGGGAUUCUAAAUGUAUGAGGCAAGGCUGGAUUCAAGUUAAACCACACCCAGAACCUUAUAAUAUACUGCUAUAUGGCUCUCCAUUGAUCUGAUAAAGCUCUAAAAAGAAGGCUAGAAAUAAUUCUCCCAAAAAAGGACUGCUUGAAUUGCUUAGAGUUUCUGUACCAUAAACACUCGAGCUUUUUCCCCCCUUGUUUCCUUCUUGUCUGUGACAGAGACACUAAGCAACAGUAUCCUGGGUUUCCCUGUUCAUGAAGGCCCAGCAGCAGUUAAGUUUCCUCUCUCUGUUCUACCCCUGGGCUCCUCCCAAGCCUUAAACAUUUUAAAACACGGGCUGGGCCUGUCUGUGCCUGAAGAUGAAAUUACAAUAGUGUGUGUUUCAGAGUAACAGCCUUGUUAGUCUGUAUUCGCAAAAAGAAAAGGAGUACUUGUGGCACCUUAGAGACUAACCAAUUUAUUUGAGCAUAAGCUUUUGUGAGCUACAGCUCACUUCAUCGGAUGCAUACUGUGGAAAGUACAGAAGAUCUUUUUAUACACACAAACCAUGAAAAAAAUGGGUGUUUACCACUACAAAAGCUAUUACCAACAGGAGAGUGGGUUUGUGGGGGGGGUGGGGAGAAAAUCUGGAUUUGUGCUGGAAAUGGCCCAACUUGAUUAUCAUACACAUUGUAAGGAGAGUGAUCACUUUAGAUAAGCUAUUACCAGCAGGAGAGUGGGGUGGGGGGAGAGAAAACCUUUUGUAGUGGUAAACACCCAUUUUUUUCAUGGUUUGUGUGUAUAAAAAGAUCUUCUGUACUUUCCACAGUAUGCAUCCGAUGAAGUGAGCUGUAGCUCACGAAAGCUUAUGCUCAAAUAAAUUGGUUAGUCUCUAAGGUGCCACAAGUACUCCUUUUCUUUUUACAGUAGUGUGUGUAACAGAUUUUAAGGUUGGAGCACCCUGUUUAAAUAUAUAUACAAUGCUACUGCUUUCUUUGAGGGGCAGGGAGUGUUUUAAUUAACCAAUAAAGAGCAGUGAGUAAUACCCUGAAAUUAUUUGAAUUUGCCAAUUGGAAGCAAUGUCCAACUAUAUUCACCCACACAAUGGCUACCAGUGGAUGGGGCCUAGUGCGACUAUGCAGCAGUUUGACUUGGCAUUGAUCCCGACUGGCAAACCACAGUAUUGUCAAACCCAAGACUUCAACAAUCAGAAGAUAAACCCAUAAAACUUACUCCCAAUCUGAAACACACAAGCAACCAUUCCCUCUGCAUGUAGCCCUGGGCCCUGCUUUAAUAAUAUAACAGUGUUGCAGCAGUUAGCAAUCUGACACAAAUAGUGAACAUACAGGAAAUUAAAUGGAAAUUGGGAUGGCCAUUUCACACACAAUUAAAAAAAAAUCUUUGAAAAAAAGUCUGAAAAAUUACUUACCGUAAUUUAGCAAAUACAUUUAUUAGUACUUUACUUCCUGUUUUUUCUAAUGUUGUUAAAUAUCUAGAUUGCACUGACAGAGUUCAAGAUUAUGUAUAUAUAAAUGAUGAAGACAAGGUCCCUGCCCAAAGUAACAUAUAAUCAAGUAAUUGUGAAGUGAUAAUUUAUUAACAUAUUUUUAAAAUCAGAACAAGUAUAAAAUAUAUUUCCUGGAUUUUAGCAUGCACAGUGAAAUUGGCACGUUUCCAGUGAUUCCAGUGCCAACAGAACAUAUACACCUUUUCUUGACUUUUUCCACCAACCUUACAGAGUGCGAAGGACAAAUAAAUUUACAGGUACUGCUCAUUGUCUGAGAUGGUAGUAAUAAAACUGGAGUAGCUUUGAUCUGUUCUCUCCUUUAUCCAUGUUCACUUUGGUUAAUGUCAAUGGAAAUUCUGGCCCUGAUCUUGCAAAGACUUACUUGUGUUUACUUUACACGGAGUUUACACACAUUGACUUCAGUGGGAGUACUCACUGUGCACUAAGUUAAGCACACGCAUAAGCCUUUGGAGGAAGGGGGCCCAGGCUUGUAUAUUUAAUCAAAUAUAGCAUGAUUCAUCAUACUGAACUGUAUGCACCUGUAAAUGGAGGAAUAGGUGCGGGAGUUGGU